AUGGCUACCACAGCGUUGCCUCGUAGCAAUCUGUCAUUACCGCCAAGUCCGUCAGGACAUGGCUCUCCCGACAACUAUGACAUGUCAUCCGACGCAACGCCUACGAAGAAUCGCAUCGAGUUCAACCCGGACCUGCAUCCGCUGCUGCUGCCACCGCCCAUUUCAACGCUUUCGAUGUGGACAGACAGAGCCUCCGUCGGCUCGUCGAACGCCCCUCAAUCACCGAAGAUGAAUUCCGAUGCAGAUACACUCUAUCGACCUCAUAAAGGUUCACCAACACAGGGAGCGUCCGCACCACGUUCUCCGCCCCGCUAUGGCCGUUCAGGUUGGAAUAUGCCUUCCAGGUCGCCUUCUCCUCCUCCUCCUCCUCCUCCGCCGCCGCCUCCGCCGCCGCCUCCGGGCAGUCGGCCGACAAGACCACCGUUCCCUCAUCCACCGCCCCCGCCGCCACCACCAUAUCCACCCCGGACAGGCUUCGGGGCGAAAGGGGUUCUGAACGCUCAUGUUCAUGAUUUUACACCCCCCGUUUCCCUUCCAUUGGCAUCAUGGCAAGAUACCAACGGCUCCGUCAUAGGUGCCAAUUUAGAUGAAGAAAACGACUACUUUGAGCAGCAAAACAGCAUGUCGUUUCCACCGCUAAUGCCAACUGUCCGACUGCGUCAAUCAACAGACCAGAAGAGGAAAAGGGUGACAGGCCAGAUUGCACAAAAAGUGUCGCGUCUAGAGCGCUCUCAAAGCCCCGUCCCCAGUCUGGAGUCCGACGCGUCAUCCUUAGCGUCCACAGGCUCAUCGACAGACAGCACCAUUCAGAAGCUAUGGGUACAGUUGAAAGAGCGCCGGCAGAAUCUCUACAAUAUAAAGCAGGAAAUGGCUGGAAUGCGCAGAGCUCUUCGCAAAUUACGUGAAGAAAAGGACGAUGCUGACAAUGUCUUCAUGAACUUGAUCCGCCCAGUGCUUGUGAAGGGUCGACAAGGAGUGCUGGGAACGACCCAGGAGGCUUUAGACAUUAACUUUGUCAAAAUGCAAUCUCUCCGCACUGAGUAUCACUGUUUGGAGUCAGCAUAUGAAACACGUGAGAUCACUCUUGACGAACAAGAGGAAGAGCUCAAUAAUAUUGAGACACGGUUUUUCAGCCUCUUGGUAGCAGGGAGCAUGAGAGAUGAAUCUGAAACCGAUACGGACGAUUCGGAAGCAGAGGAGCAAGAAGACAGCCGGAACAUGCCAUACGAGCUAAAGGGAAUUUCUCGUCACAGAGCCGACGAUGCUCAUCCGCUAUGGCAAGAUCUCGUAUCUGCCAUCGGAGACUUGGACAAUGCCAAGGAAGAGCACGAGGACCUCCUACGUACCUUUGAGCAAUAUUCGUACGAAGCUAAAGUCAGAAAGUCUGUUGGGAGGCAGCCGAGUAAUGAAGAAAUGGAAUUCCUGGCUAGCUUCCAGGAAGAGGAAGGCAUAAAGCGGAAUGAUGUCGAUCGCCUCGCCGACGAAGUUGCGCGGCUCCGACAGAUGUGCGAAGAAAGGGGGGUGAUGAAGAAGCAUCCUCCUUUUAGGAUAGCUUACGCUCUUGAUCCCGAUAUUGGGGAAGAUCUUGAACUGGACGAUAUCUGGCCUCAAUCGGAAAGCCUCGCACACGACAAAUUUCCAGACAUCUUGUCCUGCCCAGACCACGUGCUUCGAGCGAAACCCUUGACGGUUCACAGUGAGCUAGCAGCCGCUAUGGAACUUCCGUUGGACGACCCCAUAAGGGAAGCGCGUUUGUCUACGGCAAAAAAAGAAUAUCAAAUUUCCAAGCUGUUGAUUGAAUCCAAAGAAAACAACAAGCCCGAUUUCGUCACUCGGUGGCUUUUACACCAUUUGAGAACGUCUCCUCUAGCGGUUGAAGUUUUGUAUGCAACGUUUGUUCAUACAACGAGGUUAAGAAUUGGAAACAGGCGCAGGUGGCAGCAAGAUGUUCUAUUCUACUGGUGGAAGGAUGGUGCUGUCAAAUCUCCAGAUGACUUCUUCGGGCCUGUCACAAUAGAGGGCGUUCCGUCACAGGAAAAUGGAAGCCCCUUGGUGCAGACUUCCAUCUCACUCAAAACUGACUAUCAUCCCCCGGGUUCCUUAAAGGCAGCUCCGGAGGAUGCCAGUACAAUGACGGCGGUUUUCUAA